CUUCUGGGUCGAGCGACAUGCGCCCGGCCCGGCAGAACACCUCGUCGAGGUGCGGCGUGCCGAGCCUUCGACGAUCACCGAGCCUCACGUACACUACUAUUAUUAUUGAUGUGCUCUUCUCCCAGGUGGCCGGCCUGCACCUGCAGGCUGGCAGGCCGGGCGGGAGGGGCGUGCUCGCUGCGCCGGGCUCGGAGGCGCUCCGCGAGCGGCGGCGGCUGCUCCCGAGCGCCGCGCCGGACCCCGCGCAGCCCGGCGGGGGGAACGCAGCGGUGGCUGCCUCGCAGGACCAGUUCAAUGCGUUCCUGGACACUCACGAGGAAGAGGGAGAGUUCACUGUGACUGGGGUGACUGGGAUCAUGGCGCCGCCGGACAUGAACAACGAGCCUUAUGGUCCCAUCCUUGUCGUCUACCUCUUCGACAUACCGAGACCAAAGGCCGCUCAGGACGCUCGAGCAGGUCCAGGGAUUAUUCUGGGAUAUCCCCGGCUUCAACGACUCUCUGUUUCACAAUUCUUGGCACCAGAUUUGGCUGGAGCACUCCAGUGUAGACUUCUUCGAGAUGGAGUCAUCUCAAGACCCAGCGUCUUGGGGUUUCAGUCUUAACAAUCUUAUCCAUUUUCUCUGCGGGCUAAUCUGGAAUACCUAAGGAAGUUCUAUUCAAGGAGGUACAAGCAUACGAUGGUCAUCGCACCUGGGAGCACUUUCGCGGCGAGCGCUUCUUUCCCAGCCCCAGGUUACUAUUGGGACGGGUGGUCCCAGUAUUUUGGCCAGGCCAUCAGCUGGCAGACGUUCUUCCACGAGCUGGGGCACAAUUUUGGUCUCAACCACGCAGGAGGCUAUACGCGAUAUGGGACGUUCAGCCAGUACCAAGACGAU